AUUGGGAUCCUAGUUUUUGCACUGUACGAAGUCUAUAAACAAUUCGAAUGUUCAAGCACGUUAUCUCCGCUUUCAGUCCAAGAAUUCUGUCAUCAACUCUCCUUUCAAAUAAAAUGUCAACAAUGGCAAACUAUAAGGCUUUGAAUGUUACCCAACAUAGUGAAUUUGUUAAACAUGUUGAAGUUAAUAGACCGGAAAAAAGGAACGCUAUGAACAUGGAUUUUUUUAAUGAAAUGAUCGACUGUUUCAACACUUUGUCUUUCGAUCCCGAUUGUCGGGUCAUCGUUUUGAGUGGAGCUGGUAAGAUGUUCUCAGGCGGUAUAGAUUUACAAACUCUCAUGGCGCUUGGACAAGACGGAGCUGAUAUUGAAGAUGUUGGAAGAAAGAGCUUCAUGCUCACAAAGGUCAUUCCUAAAUUGCAAGAGAGUUUUAAUGUUAUUGAAAAAUGUCGCAAGCCUGUAAUUGCCGCAAUUCAUAAUGGUUGCAUAGGCGGUGGAGUAGACAUGGUUACUGCAUGCGAUAUACGCUAUUGCACACAAGAUGCAUUCUUUGAGAUUAAGGAGGUUAAAGUCGGUUUAGCAGCCGAUAUAGGAACUUUACAGAGACUACCCAAAGUCAUUGGAAACAACAGCUUGGUGAGAGAAUUAGUUUAUUCUGGUCGACAAAUGCAUUCGGAUGAAGCACUCCAGGCCGGCCUCGUUAAUAAAGUUUUCCCGACUAAAGAAGCCAUGAUGAAAGGAGCUUUGGAAAUGGCCACACAAAUAUCUGAACUAAGUCCUAUUGCAGUCCAAACAAGCAACAAUGAACAGUGCAAUGUUACAAAGCCAUGA